CAUACCUGUAUAACAUAAUGGCCAUUCAAUAGCCACGUUUGCCUGUGGCUAUGGUACCAACGCACGUGUGUUUGUUAUUGUAACAUAACCUCCAAACAGAAAUGAGCUUUAAAGUUUAAAUGGCACUAUUACAAGAAUUAUUAACGUUGCUAAAUAACGAUGUGGAACCGUUACCUAAACGUCUUAAGAUAGCAGACAACGCCUUUAAAUCGUGUAACCUACCGAUACAACACCGCGAGGCUGUCCUCUUGGACUGGUUGACCAAGUUAACCAAAACGAACGACUCGGACGUAUGGGACUUGCUUUUGAAGUGGUUGCAAAGCGUUCAAGUGCAAAAUCUGAACCGGAGCGAUGUGAACUAUGCGGAUCUACGGAAUCUGAACGCUACGCUAUGCAAAAGACUGAGGUACCCGGAGUCUAAGGCGAUUGCGACCGAGUGCAUCUUGGAAAUAAUAAACAAUCGCAAUUUUCAACUGUAUUUCAAGCACAACAUCGAGGAGCAUUGCAAAUUUAUCGCCAAAAUACUUUUGAAAAUCAAGUCGCCCGAACUCUUACACAAAGUUCUAACCAACGAGCAACUGUUUACUCGAAAUAUGACUUACGGUGAAGAUUUUUAUAAGAACUUCGUUAGUCACGUGCUCAUACCGUUAAGCCUUAGCGCAACAGACGACCAGCAAUUGUUUGCAGAGGCCUCUAAGCUGCUGGAGAAUGUUCUAUUUACGAGAAACUUUAGCGCCUUUACGACGUUCUUUGCCAGUGGCGAGGGGGAGUUUCCGAAGUUGCUCUUCGAGCACUUGCGCAGUACGAACAACGCCCACUUGUACCGCUUGGUGUUCCACGCGUUCUGUAAGUCUUACGCCAAACCUAACGUGAUCUACGCGUGUUUCGCGCAUCUGGUGGAAGAGGCCCAGAACUCGGUCGAAAUUCUGGCCGUGCUGUGCGCCGUGUUAGGCGAGUGCGGCGCGCAGGUCAACGCGAAGGUUGACGGUGCUCGAUUCAAUGAGUCUUUCGAGAAAAUCGUCAAGCUUGUUAUAGAUAAGGUCGCCCCGUCUAAGGCGACGUACGCGCUCUUACGUGAGGUGAUCGCGCUCGAUCCGGUCCUGAUGCAGAAGAAUUUGACCGAUAUUCUGAGGUACAUUUUGUUGCACUCAAGCGGCGGGGUCGAGGACGAAUACGCGACGUUUAUGCUGUUGCUGUUCGAGGUGUUCGCGAAAUUGCAUCGCGUUUCGAAUUUGCUAACGGCGAUGAUGGAGGUACUGCAAACAUCGGUCGAGCACAACUUGACGAUCCCGACCGUUGUGUUGAGCUUCUUUUCGCAGAGCGUCGUGACGUUGCCGAGCUGGCAGGGUCUCGAUUUAUUUAAAAUUUUGCUGACAAACCUGGAUAAGGCUGUUGGUAAUUUAGGUGAAGGCACUAACCACAAUUAUCUCCAAUUUAUCAGCGUCUUCCUGUGCGAAUUCCUGUCGAGCGUUCGCAUAGCCGAUCACGCGGUUCCCGCAAACAUCGUCGAGAACUUCGAGAAGCUCAUGCUCGAAUUGAAGGACGUUCUGCGAAAGUUUGGCACGACCUUGGUCGGCGUCGAGCACAGGCCGAGCUUGAUGCGUCUGUACUUGAACGUGUGUUUUAAAUGGGGGGAGCUCUACAUGGUGCUCGCUUAUUACAGCAGCGAUGUGCGGCUCAAGAGGCAGCUUGAUAGUGAUCCCUCGGCGUGCAACGUUACUUACUUGCACUCGUAUUUGAACACGGCGCAGUGGCGCCUAAUUUCGCAGAGGAUCGCGAACUUCGGGGAGAAACCUUGCAAGAAAAUCAUGAAUAGUCUAUGCGUUCAAAAGCUGCGCGCGAUGAACCUGUUUGAGGCCGAGGUCAGCAGCGAGGCGACAACAGCAGUCGCGGCUAACCUCAUGUCGUCAAUCGACGAACAAGACUUGCUCUUCGACAACUUCGUACUGAACAACAUCAUCGUGCCGAGCUCAGGCGUCGAAAUCGCCGAGCUUCUCGUGAAGACGUCGGCGGCGUCGGGCGAUUUCGACCAAUUGCGAACGAUCGACGCCAACAUUCCCCUAGUUCGCGAAAUCCUCCGCGUUUGCUUCGACAAACUGAACGGCGCGUUCGCGAAGAAAACGCGCGGCGCAUGCGCAACCUCACGAAUGCUCGGCCGCUUCGAUAAGGUCACGUUCCGUGCGUCGGAGAUGGCCUGCGAGCUGAAUCGAGCGGACCAGACCCUGCAGGUUAACGAAAGGAAGAUCUCGCGAUACUUGCAGAUGAUCAAGUCCGUUCCGAUUCCGCAGUUAGACGACAGAAGCAUGCAGGAGGCGGUUUUGAUGUUUCUGAUCGGUCUCUCUUUAGAUUUGCGCUGCUGCGCGCUGCAAGAUGGCGACGUCACGAAGCUGUUGGAGAGUAUUGUCAUUGGAAUCCUCCAAAACUCGGCCAUUCUAAACCGAUUCUUUGAACCGAACGUGAUCCUCGCGAUUGUCAACAACUUUGAAGCGUACUCGGAUAUUUUUACGAUCAUCAUGGAGGGAGUGCUCAAGAAUAAGUCACGAUUAGAACUGUUUCGGGAGAUUGUCGGGCAAUUUACUCGAAAUAUCGACAAUCGAAGGUAUAGGGACUGUGCAGUUAUCCUUUUAAAUUAUGUGGAUAAGGUGAAGACCAAGGUGGCCAUUACUGAGAAGCAUCUCCAUAACGAGUAUCGCGAGGAAAUCUGCAAGUGUCUUUUGCCGUUUUUGUUAAAGAAUUCUUUAAGUGCGGAAGACACGCUGGAGGCGUACGCGUUAACGUUAAAGUUUUAUUUAAAUAGCGACUCGAAGCAAGUACUGGAAGAGCUGUUACCAUUGCUACCGAAGUAUCUUGAUGCACUUGUUCAAGUUCUUAAUCCCAUACGAGGCUCGAUCCUGCUGCUGACAGUGAUGAUACAUAAAAAGGCAACCUUUGAAAGUAUAGUCGAUGACGUGGCAUUAAAAGUUUGGGACUGCUGCAACCACCUCACAGUGAACGACGAGGACCACGAGCGCUUUGUUAAAGUGGUUCAGGUGACCCUUCAAAUGAUUACCCAUGAAACAUUUGCGAAAACCUCAUCUGACCUCGUCAGCCGCUGCGAAAAGGCGAUUGACCACAAAGAAACAAUUCGAGACGAAGUCAAAAUGUGGAACGCAAUCUCUGCGUGCGACCUCAACUCUGCCCAAACGAAAAUUUGGCAGAACAACCUGGAAUCUUUGCUAUGCCGAACGAUUUUGACCAACACCGAGUACAGCGACACCAUCUUCGAAGACAUCAUCACCCUACAAAUGUCGUUUAUCAAAAACUCGCAUUUCGUGCUCUCACCGUCCCUAAUCGAAGUCGUCUUGAUUACGAUCUCGAAGCUAAACGCGAGUUACACUAACUUCAUCAAGUCGCUCAACUUGAGCAUAUCGCUACUCGAGACCUUAGUGAAACAUCGCAAGACCGUAAUCAGCGACUACCUACCGCCGUACCUGCAGCGCUAUCGAACGGUACUAACCCACUUGUGCGCCCGUAGCAACACAAACCUAAAAUUGGACCCCGAAGCCGUUCGGACGUUGGCGAACUGCGCGCACAGGUUCGAGCGGCUAACGAAGGCCCUGCAGGUGUUCGAUAAGUCGAUGACGCGUAUCGCGCCGUAUGUUAUCGCGGACAUCUUAAAUCAGUUUGAGAAGGUCACCCUGUAUCCGAACGUAAAGAUUCACCUAGGCAACAGUGUAUACCAACUGAUGCCGAUGUGCGACGAGCACGGCGUGGCGUUUCUAAAACGGAUCUUAAGCGCCGCAUCGACGGAAAUGUUCAAGAUUAUUUCCGACAAUUACAAUAAAUAUUACAAAUUUACUGGAAAAGUGUGACUUAAAUACAAUCUUUGUUUAAUCA